UUGGGUGCAGAGAUGGCCAAGUCCAAGAACCACACCACACACAACCAGUUCCAAAAGUGGCACAGAAAUGGCAUCAAGAAACCCAGGUUGAAAAGAUAUGAGUCUCUCACAGGGGUAGACCCCAAGUUCCUGAGGAACAUGUGCUUUGCCAAGAAGCACAACAAGAAGGGCCUGAAGAAGAUGCAGGCCAACAACACCAAGGCCAUUAGUGCACAUGCUGAGGCUAUCAAGGCCCUGGUCAAGUCCAAGGAGGUCAUGCCCAAGAUCCCAAAGGGCAGUGGCCGCAAGCUCAGUCGACUUGCUUACAUUGCUCACCCCAAGCCUGGGAUAUGUGCUUUGGCCAUCUCCAAGAGUCUCCAGCUCUGACGGCCAAAGGCCAAGGCCAAGGCCAAGGCCAAGGCCAAGGCCCAAACUGAGCCCCAGGAUGCAGAUGCAGCCACGGCUCAGGCUCAGUCUCAGGCUCCCAAAGGUAGCCAGGCCUCUGUGAAGGCUCCAUAA